GGAACCCGCGCUACAACCCCGCAAGACCCAACCAUGACAACCGACAAACCAAAACCAACCGCAAAACCACAACCCCCAGAACCACGAAACCACCUCUAUUUCGAUCCCUGGCAGUCAGCCUCAACCGGCCACCAACGCGCAGCCGAAGGGGGCGGCUUCCUCGGCUCGACAUCAUGGCGGGAUGCACGCUCGGCGAAAUUAACCAAGCAAUAUCAAAGCGGGGAUUGUCUUCCAGGACGGGGAAAGGGAUUGGGAUUGGGACAAGGGAACAAAGCAACACAAGAGUCGACACUCGUGCCCGGUGCCUUCAAUGGGAAGUGCCCAUCACAAUCGCCGCCUAAGAUACCCGCUUCCGGUGCAUGGGCUAUGAUAGCCGGGGAUGUGGCGAAGCGGAAUGAACUCGGUGUUCGGGAUAUUCGGUCGUUUAUGGGUGUUAGCAAGAGAACGGCGGUUGAUGAGCUCGAGAAGGAUACCAAGACGGAGACGAAGAAGAUUAGGGUUGUUGGUGGAGGAGGUCGGAGUUUGAGUCCGGCUCGAGAUGUAACGGAACAGGAUAUGGAACAGGAUAUGGAAACGGAAAAGGAAAAGGAAAAGUCUCAAAUAAAAGACGAAUCCCAACACGACUCCCGUUCUGGCACCACCCUUGACCUAAAAUCGACUUCGAGUAUUUUCGCUGGUGUCUCGAUCUUCAUCAAUGGCUCUACCCUCCCCCGGAUCUCGGAGUACAAGUUGAAACAUCUACUCGCUUCAAACGGGGCGAAGACUUCUAUCUAUAUGGCCCGGAAGACGGUGACGCAUGUUCUCGUCGGACAACCCAAUACCAGGACUGGGAGUGGAAGUGGAACAACUGUUUCUGGGGCAGGGGGAGGUCUUGCUGCCAGUAAGCUCCAGCAGGAAAUUGCCCGUGGAGGGUGGAAAGGUGUGAAGGUUGUUAGUGUGGACUGGGCUCUCGAGAGUAUCAAAGCUGGACGUCGUCUUGCCGAGUCCCGGUUCCCUGGUAUGCAUGUCGCGGCUAAGGGGCAGCGGAGUGUUGCUGGGAUGUUUGAUGUGCAGGGGGUGAAGGAGUGA